AUGCACGCUUUUUCAGUACCAAAGAUGUUCGAGGCCAAGCUCGCUAACGCCGGUCUUCUCAAAAAAAUUGUUGAGUCGAUCAAGGAUCUCGUUACGGAUGCCCCAUUUGAUUGCUCUGAAACCUCAAUGAGCCUUCAGGCUAUGGAUUCUUCACACGUUGCGCUUGUCUCUUUAAAGCUCGAAGUCGGACUGUUUGACACUUACAGAUGUGAUCGCACUAUUAAUCUUGGUUUGUCACUUUCGAACAUGUCGAAGGCUUUGAAGUGCGCCAACAAUGAUGAUACCUGUAUGCUUAAAUACGAAGAGAAUGAGGGAGAUUCGAUAACGUUUACGUUCGCUGAUCCAAAACGAGACAAAACGCAGGACGUUACAGUGAAGAUGAUGGAUAUCGACAGCGAACAUCUUGGAAUUCCUGAGCAAGAGUAUUCUGUCGUUUGUGAAAUGCCGGCUGCCGAGUUCCAAAAAACUUGCAAGGAUUUGGCUACCUUUUCGGAUUCACUGAACAUUACUGCAACUAAAUCGGCUAUUGUGUUUACCGGGAAAGGAGAUAUCGGACAAUCUGUCGUUACUUAUUCCCCAUCUGCUAAUACUGAUGAUGAAUCUGAGUCCGUUUCGCUCGAAGUUAAGGAUCCAAUCAACGUCAACUUCUCAAUUAAAUAUAUGAACCAAUUCACCAAGGCCACGUCUCUUUCUGAUCGAGUCCGCCUCUCUUUGUGCAAUGAUGUUCCCGUCGUCGUUGAAUACCCAAUCGAAGAAAACGGCUAUCUUCGAUUCUAUCUUGCUCCAAAGAUUGACGACGAAGAAAACAUGGAAUAA